AUGCGUAAAUUAUUUAGGAAGUUCCUGCGCGUUGUGAACGCCGGGGAGAAAAACAAGUUGGACGAGAGUGCCCUGUUGGAACUACGAAAAUGGGGAAGGGAAAAGCUCCUUCAGAAUGACCAAGUGCUUGAGGAAUACCUGAACUAUCGCCAGGUGUUGCACGACUACACCAAUCUUUUGAGUUCAAAUGAAGAGAAGAGUGAAGAAGACAAAAUCGAAAAGGUUGCAAAUUAUGUGGGCCUCACAACGACUGCACCGAAAGAUGGAAAAAGCACACAUGUGAAUACUUAA